AUGAGCUAUCUGGGAGAAGUCCGCAUUGGACAUAAGGCGCCUGACUUUCACUGCGAAGCAGUCAUCGGAGGUGCAAUCAAAGAAGUGUCGCUGAGCACUUUCAUUCGCCCUUCAACAGUACCGGGCGCGCCCGACCCCGAUGCACCUUGGUUGCUUCUGCUAUUCAUCCCAGCCGCUUUCUCGUUUGUCUGCCCGACUGAAGUCAUUGCGUUCCAAAACUGUUACGACGAGUUUCGUGACAGGAACUGCAGCGUCGCUUUCGUUUCGGUUGAUACCAAACAUUCCUUGUGGCACUGGCAAAACGUACCGCGGCAGUAUGGCGGUCUGGGUAAUAUCGAUAUCCCGUUAUUGAGUGACGCAACCCAUAAGAUUGGCAGAGACUAUGGUGUGCUUAUCGAAGAGGAGGGGGUGAGCCUUAGGGGGAUGUUCAUUGUUGACGGAGAGGGGCUCGUACAGCAGAUAACACUGAACAAUCUCACAGUCGGACGAAGUGUCCUGGAAGCUCUGCGUCUCCUUGAGGCUUUCCAAGCUGUCGCAAAACACGGGGUCCUUUGUCCCAUCGACUGGAAGCCUAACUCGCACGCUUCCGACACGAUGAAUACCAUCUCCAAUACACUGGUGGAGUCCUACGAGGACCGGCUGGCGAACCUGCAGAAAGAAUUUGGAGAUGUGAAGAUCACUGAUCUCGACGCGAAGCACAAAAGUACCGAUAACAUGGAGAAUGUACCCCAUGCGGAGUAUGUGAAUACCCCGGGCGUCCAUAUCGUUUCCUCGCCCGAAUCCCUCGAUCGAGUGCGCGAAGAGAAUUCUGAAACUCGGUACCCACCAUCGAGCCCAGGUCAUCCAAGCUGCAUACUUCGAGUAGGUCCGACAGAGCCAGGAGAGCUAUCUGUCAGUGAAAGUCUCGAGCAGACAGAGAACCUAUAG